AUGGCGAUCACUCUCCACCUCUGCCGCCUUCCAUAUCGCACCGAUCUCUUAUUCUCCGAAAGCCUCGCCGGAAAGAUCUCUCUGAGUCGCCGGAAAGUCAUCUCCGUCCGAUGCUCCGGCGACUCCUCUUCUGCUGCGGUCGAGUCCGAUUUCGACGCCAAGGUCUUCCGGAAGAACCUCACUCGAAGCAAGAACUACAAUCGCAGAGGCUUCGGCCACAAAGAAGCGACCCUCGAGCUCAUGAAUCGCGAGUACACCAGUGAUAUUAUAAAGACGUUGAAGGAGAACGGGUUCGAGUACACGUGGGGAAAUGUGACGGUGAAGCUCGCCGAGGCGUACGGCUUCUGUUGGGGCGUUGAGAGAGCCGUCCAGAUUGCUUACGAGGCCAGAAAGCAGUUUCCUGAUGAAAGGAUUUGGAUUACAAACGAGAUCAUCCACAAUCCAACGGUCAAUAAGCGAUUGGAAGAGAUGAAGGUGGAGAACAUCCCAAUAGACGAAGGGCAGAAGCAAUUUGAGGUGGUGGACAAGGGUGAUGUGGUCAUUUUGCCUGCUUUUGGAGCUGGAGUGGAUGAGAUGCUCAACUUGAGUAGCAGAGAUGUUCAAAUUGUCGACACUACUUGCCCAUGGGUUUCCAAGGUUUGGAAUACUGUGGAGAAGCACAAGAAAGGAGACUACACAUCAAUAAUUCAUGGUAAAUAUGCUCAUGAGGAAACUGUAGCCACUGCUUCUUUUGCUGGGAAGUACGUUAUAGUGAAAAACAUGGAUGAGGCAACAUAUGUGUGUGACUAUAUUCUUGGUGGUGAACUGAAUGGGUCUAGCUCAACUAGAGAGGCGUUUCUAGAGAGACCUAGUAAAGUUGGCAUUGCGAAUCAGACUACGAUGCUUAAGGGGGAGACAGAAGAGAUUGGAAAAUUAGUUGAGAAGACCAUGAUGCGUAAGCACGGAGUGGAAAAUAUCAAUGAUCACUUUGUCAGCUUCAACACAAUUUGUGAUGCGACUCAAGAGCGACAAGAUGCAAUGUACAAGCUUGUUGAGGAAAAGCUAGAUCUUUUGUUAGUCAUUGGUGGGUGGAACUCGAGUAACACCUCUCACCUACAAGAGAUUGCAGAAGAGCGUGGAAUUCCCUCAUAUUGGGUUGACAGCGAGAAGAGAAUAGGCCCUGGAAACAGAAUAGCUUAUAAACUCAAUCAUGGCGAGUUGGUUGAGAAAGAGAACUGGCUUCCUCAAGGUCCUAUCACAAUUGGUGUGACAUCUGGUGCGUCUACUCCAGAUAAGGUUGUUGAAGACACUCUUAUCAGGGUUUUCGACCUCAAGCGUGAAGAAGCCCUUCAACUAGCAUAA